AUGACUCGCUCUGUGUUGGCUUUGUUCUUUGCUUUGUUGGUCACAGUAUUGUCCCUCACGAGCUCCUCCUAUGCUGCUCCUCCAACCUGUUCCGAUGCAACUGCUGCUCGAUUACAAGCAUGCUUAGAUCAAGUAGAACGAGAUGAAAGUGCUUUACCCGGCGGCCCUUGUUCUUCUUCUGAUUGGCGUUGCAUUUGCACUAAACAACAAGGUAUGGCAGAUUGUUUCGCUGUCUGUCCUUCUCAAGUCCCUGCAGAUACGGCCAAUUUCGAUAAAAACAAUUGUGCCGGUCAACAUGAUGGAAUCACAAUGAAUGAUUUAGGCGGUGAUUUGAUGUACACUUGGUCUGAUUUGAAUGCUGCUUUGGGAGGUACACCGGACGGCAAUAUUGGAUUCCCUCCAAAUUCAACAUCUUCUCCAACCCAUCCUGUAGUUUCAGGCGGUCCUCCUGGUAACAAAGGUCCAGCAAGCAACGCUGCCAAGAACGCUAUCCCGCCAAGCGCAAGUUCAGGAAAUGUCAUCACAAAUAAUGCAAACCCUGCAACCGUAAAUCCAGCAGCCGUGUCAACGAGCAAUACAAAUCCUGCAAAUACCAGUCCAGCAAGUACCUUUAUAACUAAUGCGAACCCGGCAAGCAAUGCAACCUUACCCACUGUUCCGAGCGGAAAUUCGUCCGUCAAGCAAGCAACAGUAUUCUCUGCACUUCCAGCUUUGAGUGCUUUGGCAAUCGUAGCCAUCACUCUUCCAAUGCUUUUAAUUUGA